GUCAACGUUGGCAGUCACUUCUUCUCGAGUAAAGCGACUGCUCGACCCACCAUGGCAACACAAAACACCUUCAAGGCAGAUUGGAUUCCGUCACAGAAUGACGCGUCUCAGACUCAGACCUCAGCAAAGCGCAAGUCGGCGGCCUCCUGGCAACAGCUCGGCCUGUCACCUCAGAUGACAAGGGCCUUGGGACUGCGAGGGUUCAAGCAGCCUACACCCAUCCAGAGGAUGGCAAUCCCAAGCGCUCUUGAAAAUCCUCCAAGAGACAUUUUGGGCAUGGCUCGAACGGGAUCGGGCAAAACCUUGGCCUAUCUCAUCCCAAUGCUGCAACGACUUGGUACGCGGCGUGAGCCCCAUGGCAUCCGCUGCUUGAUUCUAUGCCCGAGCCGAGAACUUGCCGUCCAGAUUCUGAAGGCAGGGAAGGACCUCUCACGAAGCCUUGCAGGAACCGACAAGUCGUCGGCACUCCGCUGGUCGGUGAUCAUGGGCGGAGAAUCACUAGAUCAACAGUUUGAGAAGAUUUCAGAGAAACCGGAUAUCGUCAUUGCUACUCCGGGUCGAUUCUUGCAUAUUGUGGUGGAAAUGGACCUCGAUCUGCGGGGCUUGGACAUGGUGAUCUACGACGAGGCCGAUCGUCUAUUCGAGAUGGGCUUCGAAGUUCAACUUCGAGAGAUUCUUCACCGCCUGCCAGCUAGCCGUCAUAGCUUGUUGUUUUCAGCGACACUUCCCUCGUCUCUGGCUGAGUUUGCGAAGGCUGGGCUCAACAACCCUAACUUCAUCCGAUUGGACACGGAGCACCGUAUCAGUCCCUCGCUCAAAACUGCAUUUGUCUGGACGAAACCAGAUGAGAAGGACGCGGCACUUCUUAUCCUGCUUCGCGAUGCCAUCGGCAUCUCGAUGUCAUCGGAGGUCGUGAGCAACCGACAGAAAGCCAUCAUCUUCGCCUCCACAAAGCAUCACGUCGAAUAUCUCCAGACUCUGCUCUCGGCGGCAGGAUACCGUGCAUCGUUCAUCUAUGGCUCCCUGGACCAAGCUGCUCGCCAGCAGCAACUACGCCAAUUCAGGAGCGAUGACACCGACCUCCUCGUGGUUACCGAUGUUGCGGCACGAGGCAUCGACAUCCCGUCAAUGGGGCAUGUCAUCAACUUUGACUUCCCUUCCAGUCCACGUGUUUUCGUCCAUCGAGUCGGACGCACCGCUCGUGCUGGGCAGGAAGGAUCGGCUUGGACGAUAGUCACCAAAGAAGACCUGCCUUUCCUUCUCGAUCUCGAGGUCUUUUUGGACCGCCCGAUAACAGGCAAUAAGGACGUGUUCGGUGCCGCUCCCCGCGAGUCCCUGGAAACGGCGAUGGAGUACAUUCAAAACGGCCUCGAAGAGGCUGAACCUCAGCUACCUUCUCUUCGGGAGGUCAUGAAGCGCGGACAGAGCAUGUUCGAGAGGUCACGUUCAAAGGCAAGCCGGGAAGCCUACCGGAAGGCAAAGGCCAUCGUGGCUGAUCUGUCACAUGGACCCAUGGUUGUCCUCCCAGUUUUGCAGAGCGAGACUGGCAGUGAGCCUGCGGAGUCCAGCCAACUUCGAGAGCGACUCCUCGAAUCCGUCCAGGACUAUCGACCCCCUGAGACCAUCUUUGAGAUUGGCUCGCGUGGGAAGCAGCCGGCAGCCCAGCUCAUGCAGCAACGCCGACUACUCCUUUCGAAACAUCGAGCAGACCGACGGGUCUUGCAGGUGGAUGACAAUGACGAUGCAAUGGAGACAGUGAGUCAUUCCCGCGGCAAGCGGCUGAGCCUAUAGGAUGCUCGAACUCCUGUGGUCAAGAAGUCUUACAGGGAUCCGAACUUCUUCCUUCCACACGAGCACGUAGAGACUGCAAAGAACAAGGGUUAUUCUUUGAAUGAUGACUCGUUCGCUGCACAGGCACGUUCUGCCAUCCUCGACUUACAAGGAGACGAAGGGGCAGCUCAGCGAGCCCAGAAGGCUAGCCAGAUGAAGUGGGACAAGAAAAGCAAACGCUUUGUCAAAGGCGAUGGGGUCGGCGCCGACAACCAGAAGAUGGUCAAAGGCGAGAGUGGAGUGCUCCUACCGGCAACCUUUAAGAGUGGACGCUUUGCAACAUGGCAGUCCUCGAAGAAGCGGCACCAGCCAUCGUCAUCGACUCCGUCGGAGCGCCAGGCUUCUCAUCGUCCUGCCAAACACCAGAAACAGACAGCUUCUGGUGGUAAAGCUAAAUCAGAGCUGCAUUCUGUGGAGGCUAUGCGUCGUAAUCGACUUCAGAAGGAGAAGCUACAGGCGCGUAACGGAAGACCGCGUCGGAAGUAAGAUGCAUGGACAAAGUAGGCACAUCGAACGCCAGCUAUGACGACUCGCUUGCUUGGCAAUGAUACGUGGAGUGAAGUGGGGAAGGAGGGCAAUACCGGAUGCAUUGUAAGAUGUGUAGGGCGCUGGGAGUUUCCGUGUAGUAUUGGAAUGAGA